CUUAUGUCAGACGAAGAACCAUUAAAAGAGGACGACCAAGAUAAAGGAGACAAUCCUGAUCAAGACAACGAAGAUUACCCCGAUGAUCAAUAAAUCUUUGAGGAUGAGGACAAUCUAAAAGAUGAUGAGGAGUACUAUUUAUGUUCAUCUUUUAGUCCAAAGAAUAAUGAGUUAGCAAACAGUUUGAAACUCACUAUUGAGGAGUAAGGAUUAGAUGAGAAUCAGAAAUUGAGGAAAUGGAAAGACCUAUUGACUGAGCAUGUUUAAUAAGUGUAAAAGUUAAGAAGGAGAAAUAACAAUUUAAGAGGCCAACUCAAAAAACUAGGAGAUAAAGCUGAAAAAUUGGUUUAAUCUAAUGUUAGAAAAUAAAAAUUAUUGGAAUAAAAAUUGGACCCAAAACAUUAUAAUCUCGCUGAAAAGAAGAUAUUAUAUGAAAUUAAGAAUGGCAAAUCCAAAUAGGACUUCGCUAAUAAAAUAGAUCCACGAAUUUGUAACUCUUUUAUAUUAUACUUAAGUGGAUUUGUUGAUUGCUAUUGACAAAAUGGAACAAUCUAAUAACUAGAUGAGAGAAUCAAUCAAGGCUUUGAAAGAUAGAAACAAAAACCUAGAAUAGACUGAAGAAGUAAACAAACUGAGUAACGAAAUCAUACUUCUUGAAAAACAAAUUGCAGACGAAGAUAGAUUGAGAAGAAAGAUGCAGGUAAUCAUGAAAGAACAAGAAGCAGAAUUCAAAUAACAAUAGUUUGAUUGUGAUUAUGAGGGUAGAUUAAAUAGUCUCAAAGAUUAAAUUAAACAAUUAAAGGAUAGUAUUAGAGAAGCUUAGAAAGUUGAAUUGCAUGAAACAAGAAAAGAAGUUGAAUUGAAUAAUCAUUUCGCUGAACUUUAAAAAAUGUAAUAUUCAAUUGAUAUCCUCAUAGUUAUCGUCAAAUGUGUAAUCAAUUAAAUAAACCAUGCGACGAGAAGUAGCAUUUUAAAUAAGACAAAUCGAAGGACCAAGAUCAUCAGAAUGAAAAAUAAAGGAAGGUACAAGAGUUUGCACAGAAAAGUCAAGAAGAAAAUCUCAAGAGGUUCUUACAAUUAAAGGAGAAUUAAACAUAACCAGAAGACACAACUGAACUUCAUAAGGCCUUGAAAGAAUUCAAAGAAGAUUAAACGAAAUUCAAGUAAAUUUAGGAGGAAGUCAAGAAUUUGCAAGAUGAACUUGAAAAAAAGGAGAAGGAAGCUUAAAAGGAAAAGGCGAGAUAAGUUGAGGAAUACUCUAAAAUAAAUGAAGAUGUAGUUUAGUUAGCAAAAUAAUUAAAAGAAAAAGAAGUGUAAACAAAAUCAUCAGUGUUAAAAUUAAAUGAUCUCCAAAGAUAAGUACAACUAUUAGAUAGAAAAUAAGUCUCAGAACCAAUAUAGAGUACACAACAAAAACCAGAAAACAUAUUUUAUGGAAUUGAUAAAGAUUCAUAGACUUCUGUGCCAUUUGAUGAUAUCAAGAACUUGGAUUGGACAUCCAGCAUGCCCAUCAAUUAAAUAGUUGUGUGUAAGAAUAGUAACAAUAAUCUGAUCAUUGGUUUGGAGUUGACGUAUGGAGAUGCAGAGAACAAAGAAGAGCAGAAGACAACAAAACAUGUUGGAUUAUAAGAAGGUAAUAUUGAAAAGGAAUAAAUCAAAAUAACUCCUGAAGAAAAAUUAAGCUAUAUAUCUGGUUUUUAUAAUUCUGAACAAAUAAUUUUCUUGAAAUUUGAAACGAGUAAGAAAAGAGUCAUUCAAGUUGGAAAUAUGAAAUAUAAGGAUAAUUAAACCAAAGAUUUUAGAAUUGAAAUUAAGGAUAAGGAAAUUCUAGGAUUUAAAGGAAUUUUAGACUACACCUAAGGUAACCAAUAAUGUAUAUUAUUUAGAAUCGUAGAGUACAUCUGAAAGAUACUUAGUCGCGAUUGGUUUAAAUCUCAAAUCAAAGGAAUUGGGCCUUUCGGCAAAGAAGCAAUAGAAGAAAUAGAAGAUGUUAGAAGAAUAAGAAAAAUAAAGAGUUCCUGUUGAUUAUAGAAAAAUAUCAUAUCCCUUUAGAAAGAACCAUCCAAAACAUUUAGAACUAAUUAAAUCUCAACCAAAGUUAGAUGUCUCAAUAUAUGAGGAAGAGAAAGGUAUAUCGAUUUCAUAGCUAUUUUAGCAAAGUUGUUCUAAAAAGAAAAAGAGAGAUACUUGUAGGCACAAAGAGCAUAAUUGGGAUUACUAUCAGCUAAGCAAUUCAGUCCCGCAACAUACAAAUAAUAAGAGUAUUUAGAUGAAGAUUAGAAGGUAAUAAUGAUAUCCUUACAAAUAAUAGAGAAAACAAGAGAGAGACAAGAGAAAAAUUUGGGUCGAACAAAAGAGGGAGGAGAAUAAAAAUACUUUAAUGCUUCCUGUGAUAGAAAACAAGACGCCAGUAGACUAAGACAAAAAAGGAGCAAAAGUGCAAAAAACAGUUAGUCCAUAAAAGCAAUAGAAACAGCCUUAGAAGGAGGUUCCAAAAAAAGAUGAUUCUAAAGCUAAAAAAAAAUGAAUAAUUUACAAAUUUCAACACCUAUAGCUUAGCGUGGUUCUUCCAUUCUAUCCUUUGAGCCUG